AUGCAAGAAUUUUUUGAUGUGAUAGGCAAAUAUUAUAAUUUAACAGGAAAAACAGAGAAACCAAACCAUUUCUUCAGAAACGGAGGUGCCCAGCAAAAAUUUAGAGAUAUGAAACAAUUGAAUACUGAUCAGGCUGCUGAUCAUAUUUUAUCUACGGCUGUAUUCAGAACCAUAGUAGAAAACUAUAGUGAGCCAAAACUUACCUAUGAUUAUUACGCUUCCAUUAAGACGACAAUGAAUCAAUGUUGGAAUUUUCAAACAUUAUCAAAACAUGAGAACUUGAAAAAAGCGGCUGUCGAGGUUGAAUUGAUUGGGUGUAUUAAGGAUCAGAAGGACUGUUCUGUCACACUCGAUGUUACUAAAUUAAUAGAAACAAUUAGAAAUACUAUCCAAACUGCAAUAGGCAAUGGUAAAGUUCUAUUUGCCCAAUCCAAGACAAUAAGAGGUGCGAUAGACAGUUUUUUGAAGGCUUUCAGUUUUGGUCCAAUCGAAUGGGAUAAGAAAAGAAACUAUUCUUGUGAUUGUGAUCUUUGUGUUUAUUGUAGAGACAAUUCUAAAAGAUGGAGAUUGAAGUAUUAUGUUCUCUAUCAGAACGCAAAGGACCCUGAUGAUAUUAAGGUAACCUUUGAAAAAAUGUGUUUGUCCUAUAUUAUGCAAAAAUGUUUUGGCACUUCGUAUUUAGUAUGGUUAAGAAAGUAUCAAGACAAGGACAUCACUUCAAUCACUACUUUGCAUUUCCACCUGACCACUGAGACAAAUUUAAUAAUUACUGAAAGAAUGGCCAUGAAAAUUUUAAAUGAUAGAUUAAUCAGGCAAAUUCGUGGUUUUUUUAACAAGAAAAGAAAACCAAAAUCGACCUUAGAUGGUAUUAACUUGCUUCUUAAUGACACAUUUGCAAUGCUUAUCCCGGGAAAUGUCAAACAAGUUUUAACAAAUGCCAUUACACAAACAGUCACAGAUGAAUGGAUGCAGCAGUUUCGUAAAGAUUUAAAUCAAUGUUAA